UAAUCUGUUUCGCACACAUCAUUGGCUGAUAUUUACAUCGUUAAUAACCAUAAUAGCAUUUUAGGAAGAGCUGAAACCGAUAAGUCCGACAGACACUAACCGUCUUCCUCCAAACAAUUACAUGCAAUGUUAGCUGCUUGCUUAACAAAUAAACUUGGCAUUGGUUUAUUACCAAGUUUUGGUCUCCGUGCUCCGGAAUUCAUAAUCAGAAGGUAUCUGCUUUCUCCCAGUCGCCCAAUUAAAUUAGAACUAAUUGGUCACCUCCAAAAGGCCUCUGAGUCUUUAUAUGAGCCUGGUCAAAUAUUUUUACACAAGAAAUUUGGUUAUCGUGGUAUUGUGCUACAGUGUUGGAAGGGAAAACUGUUCGAUCGUAAUCUACAAUCUACCGAAUCAGUAGAACUAACGUCUCGUGAAUCUCCAAAAGGAGAAGAAUCUGAAAUAAAUGUUUACCAAGUUCUAACGGAUCAAAGCGAUACUGAAAUUUGUAAUUCUGCUUUAAAACCUGGUAUUACUUUUUUACCUGAUGAUAAACGAGCGUUUAAUUCCAUAUAUAUAGUGUCAGAAAUGGACUAUGUUUUCCAUGAUGAUAUCAUACCUUACGUUCCGCAGGAUGCGUCGCCAAUUAAAAAUCAAUAUUUUAGUGAAUUCUUACUUUCUACUCCAGACAAAGAUCCACCAUUUAUUCCGACCGAUCACUUAAAACGCUGGAUCGAGGCGCGAAAGCAAAGUCUAGAAGUUACAUCGAUACAUCGCGAAGUGACCGAAGGUAUUCAAACAACAGUAUUGCCUUUUUACAUGGGCCGUCGAGUAACAGAGGACAAAAAAGAAAAUGAUGUACGCUACUGGCGCUAUUUAAUCCGGUUAGAAAACCUCACGAUGGACCGCGUUCAACUACGUGAACGCUUUUUGAAAAUUUUCUCAGUGUCCGGAAACCUUGAAUCAAUCGGUGGAAAAGGAGUUGUAGGGAUGCAACCUGUCCUUUCUCCAGAAUGUCCUGUUUUUCAGUAUCACAGUCAUAUCCACUUCUCUAUGGAAUGGGCACACAUGUGGGGAACGUUUCGGUUUGAAAGACACAAUGGUACUAGUUUAGAUGUUAAAAUACCAUCUUUCCCGCUGUAUGAUCCCACGUGUUCUUCAAACUCGAGUAAUGAAAACCUUGGUUAA